AUCCAGCUUCUCUCGCCUGUCGGCUGUCGCGUCGCAUCGCAUCGCAUCCAUGGCGGGAGCCUCCGCGGUCGCCGUGCUGCCCGUGGCCACUCCAGCCGCGCCGCGCCGAGGAGGCGCCGGGCCGUGCUCCUGCUUGGCGCCCGGAGGCAGCAGCUUCUACCGCCGCAUGAACUGCCGGCGUGAUAGCCCCAGCGCGGCCGCGCCUACGAGGCGACGCGUCGUCGCCCGUCUCUCCGGGCGCGACCCCGGCGAGGCCGGGACCGACGCGGGCGUGGGGCAAAUCCUCAAGGGUGAUGACUCCGGCUAUCUGUGGACAUUGGUGCUUGGGUCCCUUGGUGGCGCCGCGGUUAUCAAGUACGGAAGCAUCCUGCUCCCGGACAUCACGAGGCCAAACAUUGUGGUAGCUCUGCUGAUGGUGUCCCUGCCCGUGGUAGCCGCAGUCUUGGCUUUGCUCAAAGCGAGCUCGGUGGAUUGAUAGUGAUACGACGCGAGGACUCCACGAAACCUAGAAUUCGAGAUUACUGAAACUUGUUUCUAAUGAUAGCUUCAUUGUAAGAUGAAAAUGUUUGAACUCUGCUGAAUGAUCUUUUUUUGGCAUC